CAGAGCAGUCACGGAUGUCACAUCCAGGAUAACAAUGGAGGAACGAACAGCGCUGUGCAGUGGCCAAAUACAAUAAAAUAUCGUACAAAAUUAGCAACAAUAAGUGUUUUCCCUAUUACAGAAGCAGAUUUUGAUUCGUCGAACAUAAAACCGUUUUAAAUAUAACGAAUAACCAACAAAUCGUGCUUUAUGAAAAAUAAUCGCUAGCUCCCAGCUAACGCUGACAAAGUUUAAACAUGUUCACGGAUGAAACUCUUGACUUAAUUGGUGCCGAAUCGACAUGGAGAAAGUCACAUCAGCAAACACAAGAAUCAAGAAGCUGUCAAACUCUUCCAGUUCACACAGCAGAGGCUGAAACACAAGCCAAAGAUGUGUUAGACAACAGCACCCAGACACAAGACCAGAUCAGUCAAACACUCUCCCUAGAUCAAAACAUAUCUCACUUUCCUGGUUUGCUGGACUUCUUGCAUAAAGUUGAAGACAUAGUUAUCAAAGAACUGGUGAAAAACUCCAAGAGUCAUGCUUUUGAUGGGUUUCAAGUGAACUGGGAGGAUCAGAAUGAGUCAGCGAGAGCCUCGAAUGCAAAAUAUAUUAAUAAUUGUAUUACAACUUAUCUUACAACUGGUGAUUUUUUUGCGCAGGUGUCCUGCAUGUACCGUCUUCAGCAUGUUGAUGCUCAGGAAAGGGGUCUGCAAGUCACCAGCGUGUCGUGGAACUGCACCGGCUCGGUCAUAGGCUGUGGAUUCGGCCGUGUGGAUGAUGGUGAUUGGAGCAAUGAGAAGGCGUAUGUGUGCACGUGGAACCUGGACCGGCAGAACCUGAACCCAAAGCGGCCGGAUGUGAUCAUAGACGUGGCCACUCCAGUCAUGUGCCUGUGCUUCCAUCCUGUGAGACCGUCUGUGGUUGCUGGGGGGCUGUACAGUGGUGAGGUGGUGGUCUGGGACACCAGCCGCUCACAGGACCUCAUUCUGGCUCAGACGGGAAUGUCUGCAGAUACCCACCGUGAACCAGUUUUUCAGGUCAGCUGGGUCCCAGGAGCUCGCAGAGGGGAGUUUAUCGUACUGAGCGCCGGUUCAGGAGGAAGAGUUCUGUUGUGGACUGUUGAUGGAGCUGAAGCCAAACUCAUCUUGAGUUCUGGAUAUGCCCUUGUUCAACAGCAAGUGCCUCAGUGUGGAGCAGCAAGCAAGACCCGAGGUAGCACCACUAUAGGAGUAACCUCUGUUGCACUUUCCCCGUGGGACCUGGACACAUUCUUGGUGGGCUCAGAAGGAGGCCUUGUGCUCAAAUGCUCCUUCAGCAGUGAGACAGUGGCAGCAGUGCCCCCUGAUGGUGAGAGCGUGACACUGCGGGCUCCAGUGCAAUUCUCUUUCUCACCACUAGGGGGCCCUGUGCACUCAGUCCACUUCUCACCGUUCCAUAGGAAUCUGUUUGUAAGUGUCGGGACAGAUGGUUUGGCUCAUGUGUACACUGUGCUCCAGCCCCGUCCCCUGCUGUCUCUACGGGUGUCCGAUUCAUAUGUGUUUGGGGUGAGGUGGUCACCUACACGCCCUCUAGUCUUUGCUGCAGCCACAGGACAAGGUUUGGUCCAGAUGUUUGAUUUGGGUCAGAGGUCUUUAAGGCCAGCUACCACAAUUGACCAGAACACAAGUGGUCAGCCAACAUAUUGUCUGGAGUUCAACCCCAAAUACACAAAUCUGAUGGCAGUGGGCAAUGCAGAUGGUAGCGUCAGCAUCUGGCAGCUCAGUGCCGAGUUAACGGAACAAGGUGCCAAGGAAACGGCAAUGCUAGAACAGCUGGCCAAUGAGGUGGCGGACUGAGUCUGUUUGAAACUUUCUUAAAACACAUUUAUAUAUGCAUUGCAUAUCUUAACUGUACAUUUACACUGUAAAAUAAAAACACUUGACAAUUCCUUCCAGUUAUAACCAGUAGCGUUUAUUUAAGCACACAGCAGUCUCGUGGGUGAUGUUACAGCAUGUCCUCUCUAUAGUUUUGUUAAACAAAGCAAAGCACUUAACAGCUAAAACAACCACAAUAAAAUGCA